GUCAUCUGGAAGGCGAUACGGGAAUCGUCCAUUUCGCUUGCGGAUUGUCAACGAUAGUAGACCACACAGGCAUAAGGGAUUUUCACCGUUUCAUCUUACUUAUAAAUACCUGAACCAAGAAUGUAUAUAAAUCUGAAGAACGACUCAAACGUAUUCGCCUAAUGGAAUAUAAUACAACGGACUUACUCCAGGAUAUUUUACAAACAUGAUAAGCUGCAAAUAUUAUCGUCUUCGGCAAUACAGAACGGAUAAUGAACUCAAUAAAACGCUGUGAUUAAGUGAGAAAUGUUCUGCUAACCAGGAUAAUGUACUUUAUAUUAUCAAACGAAUUGAAUACAGACAGGACUCAAACAUUAAAUCAGCAUAUCCAUAUUUGAUCAGCUGCAAUCGUAUUUACGAGCCACCUUGUCUGCAAAGAAAAUUCUCUUCUGGUAUAUGAAAUGUUGAUUUGACACAAGUUGCUAAGAAUAUUUUGAUUUUAUACAUCAGUAUGCGUCACCAGACAUACAGUUCACGACGUAUAGCAAGAAAACAUCACGGUUGUCGAAGUAUCAAGUCGAGAAGCGCCAGUUUCAAAUUAGCUGUGCAUAUUGACUCACUCAACAAUCUGCUGAAAUACCGAUCAUCAGAAACAGAAUUCCUUUACAGUACAGACAUUAUUCAAAUGGACAGCAACUUCUAAUAUGAAGAAAAAGACAUUACUUUGACCUACAAAAUAAUAACUAAGCACAAUUGACUAUGUAAAUGAUAGUUUCAAAUUCGAUUAAAAAUUGUAAAAAACUACAUGACAUUAGAAAGGGUGGUAAUAUCGGUCAACAGAUUUGGUCACUCCUGGUCCCAAAACUUUAGUCGCACCUCGAAAUAUCAACUAACCAGACGAAUUUACAGCCAAAUUAUAGCUGAACGACAGGCGACUAUUUAAUGAUACAAUUAUCAUCAAUAUCAUCAUCCCAAUAAUACCGAGAACUUCAUAUCAACGUGGACUAAUCGAUGGACCGACUUUUUAUGAAGAAGUGUACCGUGCAGCUUAGGAUCAUCUAACUGAGCUCAUCUUCAGCAGUGUGAUGCACGUAACGUAAUGUGUAAUAUACUCCAAAGACGUAAUGACCUCUCCGUCUAGAAGUUUGCACGGAAUUGGGGAAGAAAAUGAGAAGCACUUCAGAUAUAGGAUCCGAAGGCCAAGAAUACCGCUGCCACGUAUCACGUCAGGAUAAUCAGAAAUCUCAUAGCUUGGGUAAAAAGAAAAUCAAGAGUGAUUAUCUGCUAAAUGAUGUCGUAAAGCUAGACGAUACCAACGGGGAGCUUGAACGGAAAUUAUCAUCGGUUGACAAGUAGUUAAGGAGCUACUUGCUUCCAACAAGCCAGGCAUUCACUCUUUCCGGAUUACAAACGGCUAUCGGUAAAACCCGAAAUGAUAUAGAAUCUAUAUUAAGCAACACAUUAGAACGGGUCAAGAAAGCUCUAGAAGAAUCUCUAGAUAAACUAAAAUUUCUUGUCAACAAUCGUAAAACUGCUGUCAAGAGAAUAGUCAAUAAUGUGCAUACAAUUGUCGAUUUAAUCAUCAACGAUGCUAGAGUAAGAGUUCGAAGCUUAAUCAACUCUGUCACGACAAAAGACGUAAAGAAGUGCGCUGUUAUUGGUAUUACGUUUGAGUCCAAUGCUAUGAGUAGCAUCUCUGAAACCACAAAUUGCAUAAAUUCAGUAAUUAAAACUGAAGAGAAGUACUUGAACCAGUUUAUCGAAGAAACCAAUACCAUCAUAGCUGAAAUUCAUGAUGCACUGUCCUCUGCUGCCAAAUGCCGAUUGGAAUCCAAAAAUGCUGAACAAUGCCAAAGCAUCCAUCAGAGCAUCGCUUCAACUCUCUCACAAACUAGCAAAUCGAAAGUAUCGAUUGCAAUUCUUAAAUACGUCACACUCAUUAGAGCUCUUGAUGUCAAUAAAGCUGGUUGCUCAGUUGCCAAGACCCUUCACAGACUUAACGGUCAACGUUCCAUCCUUAUUCAAAAUGUGGAAUCCUGCAUACAGAGCACUGAAGAAAGUGCAGAGACCGAAGGAAGCAAAGAGAGCGGAAUUUCCGAAACUAUUCCAAAUUGGCUCGAAGAUGAUCGAGAUAUAUUUAACUCCUCAAGCAGUGACCUUUACGAAGAAAGUGAAGCCUUCGAUGAAGCUGCUGAUUCUGCAAAGUCAUCGGUCCCCGAAGACAUCGAAGUCUCCGAUGUUUCCGACGAUGAAGUCGCAGAUGAUGCAGAGUUAUCCGUGUCCGAAGUCACUGAAGUCUCUAAGGAUACCAAAGACGAGGUCGCUGACACUGCAGAGACAUCCGUCUCUGAAGUUAUUGUAGCCUCCGAGGUUUCCGAGGAAGAGAUCGUAGAUGUUGAAAAAUCAUCCACCUCCGAGGAUACAGUAGCCUCCGAAGUUUCCGUUGAUGAAGAGUCAUCCAUCUCCAAAGACAUUGAAGCCUCCGAGGUUUCCGAGGAAGAGAUCGUAGAUGUUGAAAAAUCAUCCACCUCCGAGGAUACAGUAGCCUCCGAAGUUUCCGUUGAUGAAGAGUCAUCCAUCUCCAAAGACAUUGAAGCCUCCGAGGUUUCCGAGGAAGAGAUCGUAGAUGUUGAAAAAUCAUCCACCUCCGAGGAUACAGUAGCCUCCGAAGUUUCCGUUGAUGAAGAGUCAUCCAUCUCCAAAGACAUUGAAGCCUCCGAGGUUUCCGAGGAAGAGAUCGUAGAUGUUGAAAAAUCAUCCACCUCCGAGGAUACAGUAGCCUCCGAAGUUUCCGUUGAUGAAGAGUCAUCCAUCUCCAAAGACAUUGAAGCCUCCGAGGUUUCCGAGGAAGAGAUCGUAGAUGUUGAAAAAUCAUCCACCUCCGAGGAUACAGUAGCCUCCGAAGUUUCCGUUGAUGAAGAGUCAUCCAUCUCCAAAGACAUUGAAGCCUCCGAGGUUUCCGAGGAAGAGAUCGUAGAUGUUGAAAAAUCAUCCACCUCCGAGGAUACAGUAGCCUCCGAAGUUUCCGUUGAUGAAGAGUCAUCCAUCUCCAAAGACAUUGAAGCCUCCGAGGUUUCCGAGGAAGAGAUCGUAGAUGUUGAAAAAUCAUCCACCUCCGAGGAUACAGUAGCCUCCGAAGUUUCCGUUGAUGAAGAGUCAUCCAUCUCCAAAGACAUUGAAGCCUCCGAGGUUUCCGAGGAAGAGAUCGUAGAUGUUGAAAAAUCAUCCACCUCCGAGGAUACAGUAGCCUCCGAAGUUUCCGUUGAUGAAGAGUCAUCCAUCUCCAAAGACAUUGAAGCCUCCGAGGUUUCCGAGGAAGAGAUCGUAGAUGUUGAAAAAUCAUCCACCUCCGAGGAUACAGUAGCCUCCGAAGUUUCCGUUGAUGAAGAGUCAUCCAUCUCCAAAGACAUUGAAGCCUCCGAGGUUUCCGAGGAAGAGAUCGUAGAUGUUGAAAAAUCAUCCACCUCCGAGGAUACAGUAGCCUCCGAAGUUUCCGUUGAUGAAGAGUCAUCCAUCUCCAAAGACAUUGAAGCCUCCGAGGUUUCCGAGGAAGAGAUCGUAGAUGUUGAAAAAUCAUCCACCUCCGAGGAUACAGUAGCCUCCGAAGUUUCCGUUGAUGAAGAGUCAUCCAUCUCCAAAGACAUUGAAGCCUCCGAGGUUUCCGAGGAAGAGAUCGUAGAUGUUGAAAAAUCAUCCACCUCCGAGGAUACAGUAGCCUCCGAAGUUUCCGUUGAUGAAGAGUCAUCCAUCUCCAAAGACAUUGAAGCCUCCGAGGUUUCCGAGGAAGAGAUCGUAGAUGUUGAAAAAUCAUCCACCUCCGAGGAUACAGUAGCCUCCGAAGUUUCCGUUGAUGAAGAGUCAUCCAUCUCCAAAGACAUUGAAGCCUCCGAGGUUUCCGAGGAAGAGAUCGUAGAUGUUGAAAAAUCAUCCACCUCCGAGGAUACAGUAGCCUCCGAAGUUUCCGUUGAUGAAGAGUCAUCCAUCUCCAAAGACAUUGAAGCCUCCGAGGUUUCCGAGGAAGAGAUCGUAGAUGUUGAAAAAUCAUCCACCUCCGAAGAUACAGUAGCCUCCGAAGUUUCCGUUGAUGAAGAGUCAUCCAUCUCCAAAGACAUUGAAGCCUCCGCAGUGUCCAACGAUGAGGUCACAGAUGCUAUAGACUCAUUCGUCUCCGAAAAUACUGAAGCCUUCGAAGUUCCCGACGAUGGCGUCGCUAUCGCUGCAGAGUCAUCGCUUUCCGAAGACACUGGAGAUUCCAAUGACAAAGGAAUCAUCGGUACUCUCAAGCAGUGGAUCCAAAAGUCUUGGAAUAAUAUUAAAUAUCGAACGCCGAAAUUCUUCGGAAAAAAGUGAAGUUUCCAACAAUUCAGAAAUGGAGGUCGUAGAUGCUACUGAAUCAUCCGUCUCCGAAGACACGGAAGCCUUCGAGGCUUCCAAGGACGAGUCCGUAGACGUUGCAUAAUCAUCCGUCUCCGAAGAUACUGUAGCUUUCGAAAUUUCCCACGAUGAGGUCGCACAUGCUUCAGAGUCAUCAUCCACUGAAGACAGUGAAGCUUCCGAGGUUUCAGAGAACUCGGAUGAAACUUCAGAUUAGGCGUCUUAUCUCAAGCAGUCUAUCGACUUCAAAGCUACUGAUGCAUUCAAAGAAGCAGAUUGUAGCAAGUCUACAAACCCUGACAUUUUCUUCUGUUCAUAAAACAUUAUUCAGCAAUUAUUUAGAUCAAUUUAAUUAAUCUAUUAAUCUAUUAUAGAUCUAUCUAAUUGAUUGUGCUAAUGAAUAUAUAAGCGAAUUAUCUCCUAUG